GCCUUCUUCUUGCGUCACUUCCGAUUCCGCCUUCCCGCUGGCGGGUGAUUUGAACGUUUGCAGGAACAAACUUCCCGGUUGGCGCGAGCCUAAGUUGGCUACGGUGGUGAAGGAGACUGAGCCGGACCAUAGAUAUGUCGGAGCGGCGAACGAGGUCCGGAGGGGCCGCGCAGCGGCCUGGACCCAAGACUCCAUUUAUUAAGUCUUCGAAGAGGUCCCAGCGGAAAUCUGGCUCAGAUCUCCCAAACAUCUUUCCUGAAAUAUGGCCGAAGACACCUCAAGCGGCUCCGGUCAGAAAGGCUAUCAUCUUGAAGAAGAUCGUGGCUCAUGCAGUAGAGGUCCCAGCUGUCCACACACUUCGAAGGAGUCCUAGGAUCUCUUUUAUCUUGGAAAAAGAAAACAACCCUCCUCUCAAGGUACCCACAAAGGAGGACCUCUUCAAGACCUGUAGUGUCCCUGGUACCCCCACCAGCACCCCAGUGCUGUAUACUCAGAAUGUUGAGUCUAACUCUGAGGAAAGAGAACUGGACACCAGAGACUUGGAAAUGUCCCAGAAAGUCAGGCGAUCAUACAGUCGGCUUGAGAGGCUCAAUGCUGCCUCAACCUCCACCCCUGGCCGCCGAUCCUUCUUUGGCUUUGAGGGACUUGAAGACUUGCCCCAAGUCUCACCUGUCGUGAGUUCAAAGUUAAUUGAGAUCCCCAAAGUAUCUUCGAAGCCCUUGAUUCCAGACACAACGCUUCCUGGAAUCUCUCCUCCAGUCAUGAAAGAGAAGCGAAGGAAGAAGGUGCCGGAGAUCCUAAAAUCGGAGCUGGAUGAGUGGGCUAAGGCCAUGAAUGCUGAGUUUGAAGCUGCUGAACAGUUUGAUCUUCUGAUUGAAUGAGAUAAAGUGGGGGUACACCUGGCUAGGCUCUCCCCUCUCCCUGUACAUAUUGACUUUUGAGUAGAGCAGGACUUGUUACCCAGAAAGGUGUAGCUGGCCCCUUGUUAUAUUGUGGCUAGUUACCCUGGACUUUCUUCACAGUAUUGGGGAUGAGAAGCUAAUUCUGUUACAAUCCUGCACUGUCAGAAACAAGUUCAUCGUGGGUUAUCUCUCUGGUGUUGCCCUCUGUUGGUGGCUUGGAGUCCUAGAGUCUGAUAGGGAGCUCACAGGCUAGAGACAGUUAAACUCUUGAGGAAAUCUGAAUAUGGAGUCUGGGAUGUGAAAGAAGGAGGUAGUCAUAGUUUUUUUUGUUUGUUUUUUUAACACGAGUGACUGUUAAGUAGGAGCUGUUCAUGUCUGUGUUCUGCUGUUGACACAUUGGUGAAUGAGGUACUGAUGUCUAGGGCAAAGUAAGUAUACUUCAUGGUAUGGGCUCCAGAUGCCACCAACUUGAGAUUUGUGGUCUCUGGUCACCCUUUCCUCACCCACAUCUGUUUCUUUCAAAAUGAACUGCACAGUCUUGGCUCUGGGAUGUGGCUUUUUUCUCAGGAGCCAUACAGCUGUAGCACUGAUGACAGCUUUUGCUGUGAGCUUGACUAUUACACUUUCACACGAGACCAUUCCCGGGGGUGGGGGUUGCUGGGAACAAAAGUAGAUGUCUCAUGGUCUCUGCGGAAGUGCUUCCUGCCUACCAUCUCCUCUGGAUGAUAGUAGAAGAUAUGGUUUCAAAGGGCAUUGGACUUCCAACAUAUGCAGGUUCAUUGGAGAAGAAGCUGCAUGGAAUGAGAGUUGCAAGCAAGCACCUGUACACCAGGAUGGUUUUGAGCGGAGCACAUCUGAAGAAUUUGUCCUCACUGGUCCCUGUGGACCGUGAGCUGGACCUUCUGAUUGCUGCCAUCACUACAGACCCGUCUGUCUUUGAGGAACUAAUGUACAGCCCAGGGGAAAGGUUUGAUGUCAAAUAAACUUUUAAAGAGUUUUGUUUA